CUGCGGCGGGCAUGGCGGCGGAAAACGAGGAGGAGCUAGGGCUGCUGGAGUGCCGGGUCUGCUUCGAGCGGUACGGCCACGGCGGGCAGCGGCGGCCGCGCAACCUGCCCUGCGGGCACGUUCUCUGCCGGGGCUGUGUGGAGGCCCUGGGCGGCCCGGAGCGCCGGCGGCUGGAGUGCCCCUUCUGCAGGCGGGCCUGCAGCUCCGCUGAGACCACCGACUGCCUGCCGCUGCUGCAGCUGCUGGAGGUCCUGGGCCCCGCCGGCACCAGCAUCCCCUCGGCCCUGGGCAGAAGCGGCGGCCGAGGAGCAGCCAGGCCGGGCGCCGCGGGCCUCGGACUCCGGCUGUCGCUGGGAGGCUGGGGGUCACUGGUGAACCCCACCGGGGUGGCAGCCUGCCGGAGGUCGGGGCGCCUGGCGGUGGCACAUGACGGCAAGAAGAGGAUCCACGUCUUCGGGCCGGGUGGCUCCUGCCUGCAGCAGUUCGGGGAGCGGGGGGACGCGGGCAAUGACAUCAAGUACCCGCUUGAUGUGACGGUCACAUCAGACGGGCACGUGGUGGUCACAGAUGGUGGGGACUGCUCCGUGAAGGCCUUUGAUUUUGAGGGAAGGGGGGUCCUGGCUGUCCGGGAAGGUUUCUGUUUGCCCUGGGGCUUGGAUGCCACCCCGGACAGUGAAGUAAUCCUGACUGACGCGGAGGCAGGUGCGCUGUACCGCUUGACGGCCGACUUCAAGGCGGGGAAGUUAAGGAAGUGUCAGAUGAUCCAGUCUCAGCUCAUCAGCCCAAGAGGGGUUGCAGUCUCCCAGACUUCGGGUGCUAUUGUGGUAAUAGAGCACCUGAAAGCGCAAGGACCGAACAGCAGCAGCACCCGAGUGAAGAUAUUCAGUGCAGAGAUGGAUCUUGUCGGCCAGAUGGAUAGCUUUGGGUUUCUGCCUGAGAAAGGGUACUGGCUUGACAGAAUGAUAGGAGAAAUGGAAGCUUCAGUUAAAGUUUGCCUGAAUUCAGCUAGGAUCAUUGCAAUGGAGGAGCUACCACUGAUGAGUGAGUUAUGUGCAGUAAAUUAGUGCUUGAAGCCUGUUUUUUUCCAUACUGGGGAAACGCUGUUCUGCAAGUACUCUUCCUGUAGUAGUUUAUUCCCACCUUUAUUAGGGUUCUACUGGAGCACUUGAUCUUCCUGUAUAAUGCACAAGCCUGUGUCUAUACCUGGAGAUAACUUGGUGUGUGGCUACCAGCAUGAGCAGCUUUCCCUAAAACUUCCUUGAAGUAUUUGUGUUUAGUGCACAAAUACUUCUGCAUAUAUAAAAUUGAGUUGGCUAUGCUGCCAAGACUCCUGUGCUUGGGAACUUUCCAAUACUGCCCUCCUCUGUCUAGUCGGUAGUAUGGUACUUUUGCACCCAAAAUGUCAAGAUUCCACUGACAAAUGAAAGGUUGGUGAGAAGAAAUAGAGAAAGGGGGACAUAAGCCUCAUUUUUUUCAGAGCAUCCAGUGAGGUUUUGUUGAUUGUGAAUACACAGCAGGUUUAGGUCAGUUCGUAUUUUCACAAAAACAGUUUCACUGUGGACACAACUUAAGUUGCCUUAUUUCACAGUGGAAAUUAAGGUUUUUAUUAAUGUUUUUACCACUGAAUGAUUCUGAGAAGGAGUAACACCCUCCUAGAAGUCACUGCUGUGUUUUUAGGCAUAUACAUGCUGCUAAAAUGACUGCUUAGGUGGUUCAGCAUUAAAAGGAAGUUAGAUACAAAUGUAAAUGCUCUCUGAGUUAGAGACACGUAGGUUAAAAUGGUAUAAAACUUCUGGCGUUAUUUAUUUAGUCAUUGAAACCAUUAAUAUUAACUAACAAAAUUUGAAAUGCACAGGCCAUCUUUCUACCAGUACAUUUUUAAUCUGGCUUUUGAUCUGACUUCAGGGCAUUUAAUAGCUGCAUGUAUUGCUGCACCAGCGAUUUACCAAAUACUUUAAAUUGGAGUGGUUUAGCCCUCUUAGACAAUGUAUUAAUCUGUUUUAUGGUAACAUUUAUAUAAACAAGACAAAUCUAUUAAAUGCAGCUGUGUGUAAAGGUUAAUUGAACAGUGACAGGCCAAUGAAGUGUGAUUUGCUUACUUCUA